AUGCAAAACAUCCCUGACCCCACGCGCAUAGUAGACGAGUUCAUCAUGCAAGUCGAGGACGACGACAAGGCAAUUUGGGCCGGGGAGCAGGACACGGGGCACUUCGAGGACCUGCUAGAGCCAGCAGCGAUCAUCGCGGCGCUGUACCCGCUGUCUGAGACCGGCAACGUCGUCGCGGAGUUCGUCGCAGAGUACGACAAGCACCUCAUCAGGAGCGUCCGGGAGGGCACGAGCACAGACUUCUACCGGGCUGGCUCCAUCCUGGUGGCGCGCGUGUACAACACAGCCGUGCGGCGACGGCGCUUGGAGCACCUGGGGCGCUGCCACGACGCCCUGCUCGCGCUCGCGCAGGCGGCGAGGGACCACGUCGACCGGCAGGGCGCCUGGGCGAAGCAGCGAGACACGCUGCCGAUUCAUCUCGAGAACGGUCUGGGCGCGCUCACGCACCGCACGUUCCUCGCUCAGGUCUGCUUCGUGUGGCGCUGCGUCCUCCGGCUGGCCGCCGGCGCGGGGGGCGUCGUUCCGGGCGUGACGGAGGCCGUUUAUUUCACUGGGGGGAGUGAAGAAGUCCCCCCCCUCGACCAGAUGAUCGCGGACGCGCUGCAGUACUUCGACGUGCUGAACGUGGUGACGAGCGACGCGGAGGCGGAGGCGGUCCGCGCGAUCAGGUCGGGGACGCGCGACCUGGACGCGUUCAUGGAACGGCGUCGGCGGGAGCUGGGGGGGCCUUUUGCUUGGUUCCCCCCGGGCACGGUCCACCUGGACGACAGGCUGGGGUUCGACUACGACGACAAAGACCUGGGCGCGAAAAUGCCACUGCCGCCCGAGCUCAUCCCGGACGAGGCGAUGCGGGACGGUGCUCGCAAGCUCGCGGAGGCGGUGGCGAGCCAGGGCUGGAAGCGAGCGGCCCCACGCAGCAUAAAGGUGCCGCGGGCCGUUCCGCACUGCCUCGAUUGGCCCGACGACGGACCGAACGUAGCCCUCUACCAGAUGCUCCGUGGCGACAGCGCAGAGUACACGGGCCCCCAGUGCGAUCCGGAAACGCUCGAUGAAGAGUGCGCGUGCCCUUCGUGUGCACCGGGCCUGGCGUACGGCGGGUACGACGACGACGUGGGGUACAUGUAUUUUGACGAGGAUGACGACGUCGGAGAACUGGUGCAAAUGGAGCACUUGAUGGCGGGCUUCGGCUUGGGCGGCCUCGUGCCACGGUAG